GAGAGGGAGAGUGUGUUAGAGAGAGAGAGAGAGAGAGUUAGUGGGUGUUGGAUGGCAUGAAAUGUUGCCCAGUAUAGUUGGUGACAGUAAUGUUGGAUGUCCUGCUCUUCUCUACACACUCUUAAGGUCAAUUGUUUUGAAAAGCAUGAUGGAGGAAGCUGACCUGCUGAAAGAACGUCUGCAGGCCAUCACGGACAAAAGGAGGGUGCAGGAAGACAUUGCCAGGAAAAGAGGACAGAUCGAGGAAGAAAAACUCAAACUGCAGUACAUCAAGAAGAAGACCCUGAGGGAGCAAUGGCUGAUGGACGGUGUGAGUCCACAGUCCGGAGAGGAAGAGGAGGCGUGCAGGCUGCAGGCGCAGGAUGAGCAGCAGCAAAGUCAGCGGCUGCAGACUCACAUUGACAGGAUGGAAAAGGAGAUGGAGGCCUUAGAAGCGGAGGAGCUCAACAUCUCCGCCAAAGAGGACUUUGUCCUGAAGAGACUCAAAGAGGUGGAGAGGACUGCCGAGGACAUCAUCAGGAAAGCUAUUUCAGAGAAGCAGGAAUCAGACGAGCAAGAACUGCAAGGUUUCAGCAGUACUGAGAAGAACAGGUUUGACCACGUCACCAUGGAAACCACUGAUCUACCAGAAUUGGAAAUGGGGAGCGAGGAGGACGAGACUGCGACUGAUUCACCUGAGAAAGAUAUCAUUUUUAACGUCGACAGUGAAGAAGUUUGUAUAGAUACUGACUCGCCGGAUUUCAAUGAUCAACCAAGUUCUAGGAAAUUGUCAACCAGCCCUGGAUGCCCCGAGACCAGCGUUUGCCAUGACUUAGACUUCAAUGAGGAACAGGAAGUCGUAACGCUUGAAGAAGGACAUAUCGAGCUCCAAAGAAAUGAGUCAAUGGCUUCUUCAGUGUCGGACACACUCUCCAGUGCUGAGAGUGUUUAUGAGAAUGAGGCUUCGUGUAAGAGGCAAGAAACAACAAAACAAGAACCGGAGCAUGAUUUAGAACCGUAUUCUGAACCAAAGGACGACUCCAACCCAGAGAGUCUCCACGAAACAGAGGAAGAGGUAGCGCAAGACACAGACUUGGACCAUUACCCGGAUCCACUCCUUUUCCCAGAUGAGGAAUAUGAACCUCAUCUUUGCGAUGAUGACUUCCAAAAUUUGGAAGUAGAUGCAGAGGAAGACCCUGAAGACCCCGAAAUCCUUUGUGAGAGUCCCCUUCCGGAGGAAUCAACGCUGGCACAGAGUGCUGAAGAAGACGUUCUCAGCCAGUCCUGUGGUUAUUUUGACCCCGAUGAGGUCGAUGAAUGCCUCAGUGUUGAGAUUGCAGCACCUUCAUCGAAUAGUGAGGCGAAUGAAAAAUGGAGAACAAUCUUUUCCUCCUCCAUAAACAAAGAAGAUGAUGACUCCUAUUUGGACAGUCUUCAGUUGAGUGCACAGGAGCUCUUUGUACAAAAAGUUGAGGUGAUUGACUUUGAAGAUGAAGAAACAAACCACUACGACGAAGUCCAAUUUCAGGUUCCACAAGUUGAAGAAGUGCUUGAACAACCGGACUCUGCUUUGUUAUCCACCUCUCCACAAGAAGGAAAAUGCAUCUCGUUAGGUCCGCAAGUUCUGUUCAAAAUCUCCGAAGAUGAAAACGAAAAUGGGAAAGAGGACAGUAAUCGUUGCAGCGCUCAGGGACAGAACUCCCAGAACUCCAUGCCGGAUCCAAACAGAAAACUGCCCAAAGAUUUCUGUGUGAUACAAGAAACAAAGAGUGUCAACGUCAGCACAGAACACGUUGACUUCCAACUGGCUCGACAACAAUGGCGUGCCAUGGAAGAACAGACCAAAAACAAAGUCAUCUUACCGGCAACCAAGCAGACCAGCUUCCACUGCAGCCACAACUGCAUGUACACACCAGUCCGGAACAUUGAAAGAACAAAGAGGACAUCUCAGGAGCUGGAAAACCUGACUCUUGUCGGAGAUUAUUCACAAUAUAGCCCGUGCUCCGAAGACUCCGGCUUGGACGAUUCCAGCUACAGAUCUCCUAAUGAUGACCUCGAAACACCCGUGGAAAAAGAGAUUCGCCUGUCGAUGGAAAGAGAGGAGAAUUUUAGGAAAGAGAGGAGUCUGUCCAGGAUGGGCAAGUCUACGGACACUCUGAUCAGCACUCCGAUGCGAGGCAUCCCAAGAUCCAUCAGCACUCCUUUGACCCCGUCCUUUAUCAUUACGUCCUCACCCACAAAGGAACCGAUGAAACAAGACGCCUUGCCAACAAAUAUCAUCAUUCUGGACCAGAGCAGUGAUAUCAACUCCAGCCCGGGAUGUGGGGAAUGGUGCUGUGAGGACAGCAGCUCCAACGUCAUCAUUUUGGAGACGUCCAAUCUGAUUAUUCGCAGCGCUUCAGAUUUCUCCCUCAACAAAGCCUGUGAGCCCCCAGAGAAAAUGUUCACCAGUAACCCUUUCUUCAAGUUGCGCUCAAGAAGCACGAUGUCGCUGGUGGACGAGGAGAUCAUGAUUGUGAAGCAGAGGGAGGAGGAACUCAGGAAGGAGCGGGCUAACCUGUACAGCAAAGGGAGGAUGUUGGCCAACAACUUGGCCACUUUGUCCUUGGACUUUCCAGUCAAGUGCAAGUCCUCUCCGUCAUCGCCAAUGAAAACAGCCAAGAUGGAUCGAUCUACUUUGUCCUGUGAUCACAGAUUCCUAGAUGGUUUCAGCGGUGGACGACGCAAGAGUGCCAUGGCCCUGCGCUGGGAGGCAGGCGAGUUUACCAAAAAUGACUGACAGUGAAAUAAUCUGCCGUGAAUAUUUUGUCCGUGUUGCAAACAUUUCUGCCAAUGCUUACCAAAUGUGGUGAAUCAGUGUUUGAUUAUUGCUUGAACGUGUUUGUGGCUGCAUUCUAUUCCAAGUCUGGGACUAUCGAACCAGGAACAACUCAAGGGUGUGCAAUGUUUACAGAAAAUAGUCCAAUGAAGCACACGUUUCAUUGUGAUGAGCUUUCCACUGGUGUGAUAAGAAGCGCGUGUAACGCCUCAGUGUUUUUGUGUCUGCUGUACAUAAGUCCGCUGAUCUAAGGAACUAAAUCCAGAGCCUCGCGUACCAAAAUGCUCGCAACGGAGAAAUGCAAAUAAAGGUUUGUGCAUCCUGAGCAGGGCAGGGGUCUCAAACACAGUAAAUAUUAAAUAUAUCAUGGCGAUCUUCAAUGAUGCAAACUCCUUUUGGGAAACUUCAGAUAGGCAAUCAGAAUCAGGGUUUUCAAACUUAAAAUGUUUACGUUGCGUUUUACAUUCAUGACUAAAGACCUACCAUAGAGCGGGUUGGCCAACGUUUGAAUUCGGACCAUUCCGGUUCCUCGUUUGGAUUCCGAUUCCCGACGACUCUUGAGUCUGAUUCUUUUAAAGUAGCAGUAGAGUGGACUAACACGUUUCCUCCAUAUUGAAGCUGUUAU